CUGUGAGCUUACAAAGGCAGAACCCAAAAAGAUAAAACCAACCAUUUAAAGCCGGUUAAAAAAGCAAAAAAACGCAUGUUGUCCAGCCAUUGAGUUUAAGCAAAAAAAGAAGAAAAAAUUUGUUUAAAAAACGAACCAAAAAUUAUAAUGAAAAGUUUUAAAAAUUUUUGAGAAAAAAGUGUUUAAAGGAAAUAUUUUCCCAAAGGACUUUAAAUUUAAAUUGAAGCCAACAUAAGCCUGUUAUGAUCAAACCUUUUUGAAGAAUUCCAUGAAAAAAUCAAUAUCCGUCUAAAGUUUAUUUCGGUUUCAAGUAAAGAACAAAAAACCCUAAAAAAGAAAACUACAAUUUAAGAAAAUUUUCUGCAAAGUUAAAAAAGAACUCAAAAAAAAAAUUUAAAACAAAAAUAAAAUUGUGAAAAAACUUGCUAAAAUUAUAUAAAAAAACUUUAAAUAUUCAAUUUAAAUUAUAUAUAAAAAGAAAAGUCCAUUUUUUGUGUUUAGAGCUUAAGACCUCAUAUAAAUAAUAUUAAUUAGUAAAAAAUAAUUGCCUAAAAACAAACGCUAAAUAUACGUAUAGCUUAAUAAUUAUAAAAAUUUAAUAAAAAAAAUUAUAAGUAAAACAAAUGCUUUUUUCUUCUCCAUCCAUUGUAAAACUUAUUAAGUAUAAAACCAAAUAAAAAUAAUCAAUAUUGCAACUUGAAAAACCAAAAAAAUUCAAUAAAAAUUAAGUGAAUUUAAACAAUAAAAACAGCUUAAAAAGAUUUACAAAUUUUAAAUGAACUUUAGCAGCCAGUACUUUAAAACCAACCAAAUAUAAAAGGAUAUUGAUUUAAAGUUACCAACCAGCAGCAAAAAUAAUAAAAUUAAACCAUUAAUUAAAUAAAAACUUUAAAAUUAUUAAUAUAUAAAAAAUAUAUAUUAUAAAAAACAAUUAAUUAAUUUUAAAAAAACUUAAAUAUUCAAGAAAAAUAUUAGAGCCUAAGAAGUCCAAAAACAAAUAUAUUAAACAAAAAACUGAUAUUAAAACAAAUAAAGAUAAAAUCACGCCAUUUACAACAAUAAAUAAAUAAUUAACACAAAAUUAUUAAAACAAACUCACACAGUUAUUAAAAUUUAAAUAAAUUAUAAAAAACACUAAACUCCUUAUAAACUUAAGCAAAAAAACAAAAAAUUUGCAUAAAACACUUGGUCUUUGAAAAACCAAGAAAAAGACAAGACAUAAUAAACCUCAAACUGAGCAAAAUAAAUCCCCUUCUCUACCCUUUUUCACUGGAAAAGAGAAAAACCAAGGGGAAGCUAAAAAAAUCUCAACAGCAACAACUAAAAAAUAAACAACAACGAGAGCAGAGUCUAGUCAACUGAAGAAACGACUUCAAAACGUAAAAAAAAACGAACAAAGUGAGUGAGUGUUUCUGCUGAAGUGCAACAUUUUGUAGCAGGCCGCCUAUAACACAGUCUGCAUUACAAUUUGCUAACGAACACACUUGCCACACACUAGAAAGACAAAAAAGAAGAAAGAGUUUAAAAUUGUUUAGUUUUUUCGAAUUUAAUUUUCCAAAGAAAAAAAAUUGCUUUAAAAUAUAAAAAGAAAAUCUAAUUUUCUCAAGUGUGUACAAAUUUUUCCAAAAAAUUUUUAAUAAAAAAAAAAACAUUUUUUAAAAAGACUGAUAUGGUUUGCAAAAUAUAAAACAAAAAAGUUUACAAAAAAUUAUACAAAUUACUUAAAAGAAAAAGAAAUUUCAUAGAAAUUUUUUUUAAACAGAAUUUAAAGAUUUUACAAAAAUCUUUCAAAUUCUCUCCAAAACUUUAAAAAAACAAACCCUUAAUAAACAAAUAAAAAGCAAAGGUUCCUGUUGACACAAUUUCAAAUUUUUAUUAAACAAAUUUUAAGAAAUUUCUAUUUUAAAAGAAAGUAACCAGAAGAAGUAAAGUUUUGUUGGAAAAGUAACUGUGAUGAGUGAUUUAGAAAAAAUGAAUGGUGCUAAUGGCGGCACUUUAAACGGCCUAGUGGGUGAUGAGACACCCAUUAUGGCCAAUGGCUCGUUGGCAGCAACUGGGAAUGGAGUAGCAGCUCAGGGCUCUACUACUAAUGGAGCGGCUGGCGCUUCCACUGCUGCAGGUGAUAAUGGCGCUGCUGCUGCUGCCACUACUAAUGGUGGUGGCACUGGUGUUGGUGAUACUGGUACGGCUGCUUCUUUAAAAGCCGUUGAAUCGGCUGUUUCUUGUUCUUCUAUGGCUGGUGAUGAUGCUGGCACCGAUGCUGGUGCUAUCUCUAUACCACCUUCCGAGGCGGGUGGUCGUCCUCCUUUGGAUACUGCCUGUUCGGAUGGUGGCGGCCCUUCCAGUUUGGUUGGUGGCAUGGUUGGACCACCCAGCCCUUUAACCGGCUGUUAUUUGCUUAUCAUUUUGGGUGAACCGCACUCCGAGGAGCAUAAAGAUAAUAUUCUACAACAUUUGUUGAAAGGUUUUCUCUCAUGGGACGUAGCUGAUUGUCAUGUCGAUUUGGAAGAGGAACUUAAUACAAUAACACAACAUGCCCCUGAAGGAGAGGAAGCACGUCACGGCGAAAGACUCAUUCAGUAUGCUAGUGAAAAUCUAGUCACUGAGGUUUUAAUACAUCCUCAAUAUAAUACUCUUAUACAAUGUAUGCGUAAUAUGCUUAGCAGUUUUACUCGUCAUCGUCAUAUAAUCCAUGCUGGUUAUACAUUCUCUGGCAAUGGUUCCUGGAUACUACAGGAUGGAACCUUUUCGGUUGGCGAUUUUUCUGAAGCAUUUCAAGAGCAUGAUGUACAAAGAGUCAUCCGCGCCUAUGCAGACACUAUAACAAUGAAUAUACAUUGUGCUGACAGUGGUCUGUGGCAUACGUUGCCCGAUAAGAGCUUUGCUCGUCUAUGUAAAAUACGCAUCAAUCCUGUUGAUGUUUUGGACACCAGCAGUGAGAGCAUUAAUGCUUUUAUAGAUUAUCUUGCUCCCAUGUUGGUACCCACCUCCAUACGUGAACUACUUGAGACCUCGGAUGUUGUGGGUAAUAUACGCUUUACACAUCCCACUCUAUAUGUCUUCCCUGGCGGCCAAGGUGAUGCUGCCUUAUUUGGCAUUAAUGGUUUUAACAUGUUGGUCGAUGGUGGCUUUAAUCGCAAGGCUUGUUUCUGGGAUUUUGUCAGACACCUCGACCGCUUGGAUGCUGUUCUCAUGACCCGCUUGAACAAUUCAAAUAUCCAGGGCCUGAGUUCAGUGGUAGAACGUAAACGUGAUGCCCAUGUCUAUCCACAGAUUGGCCACUUCUUUUGCAAUGUUCCCGAUCGCAAGGGUGGUUUACCUAGUCCCGAUGGUGACAAAGAUCGCAAUCCCUUAUUAGUGGAUCUCUUCGAAAGAGGCCACAAUCUAGUCAGUGAUCUAAAGUCAUUGGAUCUUAAACCACAAACUUGUUUCCGUGCCCCCGAGCCCAUUAAUCUUUAUCACAAAGUUGGCCAUGGUACUUUGGAUAUGUAUGUCAUAAGUCCUUCUCGUGACUCUAAGGAAGUGAAGGAGUUUAUGCAAAAAUGGCACUCAGGCGAUCAACGCUUAUUUGCUUCACGUGACUCUAGGGAUUUUAAUUUCCCUUUACAAAACCUGGUAUCUAUAUGUGCUCUGUUGGUUUGGCAGCCCGCAAAUCCCGAUGACUCCAUAACACGUAUACUCUUCCCUGGCAGCACUCCCGACUUUAAGAUCCAAGAAGGUCUGGAGAAACUUAAACAUUUGGAAUUCAUGAAGCAUUCCACUUGCACUGCCAAAUCUAUAGCACCUGCCAUACAAACUGUGGUGACCACACGUAAAACUCUCAAGUCUGCCCUCGAGCCGGCUGCGCCCAUUACUACCAAGCCUUCGAAAUUCAUGCCAGUAGCGGCUGCAGCUGUUGCCGUGCAACAAGACAACAAAAUGAAAGAAGCCGUAGCUUCUUCAGCCGACGAAGACAAAAUCGAAAAAAUCUAUCAAGAAGAGGAAAAGCAUUUACCUCUUAAGAAAAAAGAAGACUCCGUGGAGACUGAUGAACAAGCAGUCGAAACCGGAGAUGAGGCUCUACCCGAACCUACAGCUGACACCGCCAGCAAGGAUGGUGAUCAAGUUGAUGGUGAACAGGUAGAAGACAACAAAGAAACUACAGAGAAGAAGGUGGAAGUUGUAAUUGUUAAGCCACAACCUCAGGCACCACCUCCUGCCAAAGAAAUAAUUGAAACUGCUGAACCUAUUAAACCAGCUGCUAAAGCCGCAAAGGCCAAGGCGGAAAAACCCAGAGCUGAAGUUAAGCCCUUAGUCAGAUCUCGAAUUGACACUAGGCCACCCAAGUCAUUGGAACGUAAAGUGGUCAAGAAAGAUUUGGCCGAAAAGAAGAGCUCACCCACUGCUACACCACGUAAACAGGACGCCGCCAAAGCUGCUACCAGAGAAGUCAAAUCCAAGAUUAUGACCAGAGCUGCCAAAGCUAGCCCUAGCAGCACUCCAGCCAAAAGCACUAAAGAAGCCAAUAAUCGCAAGGUUUUGGAAUCAAAACAACAAACUAUUAGACAGACCUCAACCACUACCUCCAGACGUGUCACCACAACUGCUGAAAGAAAAGCUACUGAGCCACGCAAACCUAUAUCUCGUCGUCCUCGUGGUGCUUCACCCUCAAAACGUGCUCCUGGUAGUCCUAUUAAGGCUGCUAAGCCAAAGGUGGCUGAUAUGAAGAAAUCCAGACUAGAUAAGGGUGGUACCACCGACUCCAGCUUGGUGUCCACACCUUCGGCUGAUGAGCAAGCUGCUGCCAAGAAACUACAAGAUUUGACUGCUUCUCAAGAAUUAGAUGCUGAAAAACAACGUGAACUCGAUGAUCUUAAAGAAGAACAAGAAGUCGUUAGAGAAAUUGAGGCAGUUUUCAGCCGUGACGAAAUGAAACGCCAACAGCAAAUUAAAGCUGAAAUAAGGGAAGUUCCUAAACAAGACAGCACCACAGAAGCCGACGAAGAAGAUGAAUAUUUGAUUAUCGAAAAGGAAGAAGUAACCGAAGAUUCUAUGGUAGAGAGCAGCAUGACUAAAGAAGAAGAAAUCCAGAAGCAUCAACGUGACUCACAGGAAUCUGAAAAGAAACGCAAAAAGAGCGCUGAGGAAGAAAUUGAGGCUGCCAUAGCCAAGGUCGAAGCUGAAGAACGUAAAGCCAGAUUAGAGACAGCUACCUCAGCUGAUAGAAAGGAUGAAGAAGAGGUAGCCGAAGAAGCUGAGGAAGCGGCAGAAGAAGAGGAAGAACCUGCUGAAGAAGAAGGCGAUAAAGUCUGUUCACCCGUUAAAACAGAGCUCAAAGCAGAAGUCCAAGAUAUUAUUACUGCAGCUAAAGAUAUUGUUAAGUCCAAAACAGACGAACAAUUGGCCAAAACUGAUGAAGAGCUUUCUUCUGUAACUCCUGAAGAAAAAAUAAGCAGUGCUAAGAAAACUUCAGAUACCAAAGAUGAUUUAGUGGGCAUACCCAUUGAACCUAUACCUGCCAACUUGCAAGAAAGUCUUCCCGAAGAGAAAUUCUCAGCCACCAUUGAAUCAGGUGCCACUACCGCUCCAACUCUACCCGAAGAUGAACGUAUACCCUUAGAUGAGAUUAAAGAGGACCUGGUAAUUGAAGAGAAAUAUGUCAAAGAAGAAACUAAAGAAGUUGACGCUAUUGCUGCUGCCACAGCUGUUACAGCGGUUAUGCCACCUUCCGAGCCCAGUGCUGAACCUAAAGAGAUUCCAUUGCAAAAGAUCACUGUCGGUCUCGCAACAGCUGAACGUGUUCUUCCCAUGAAAAUGACCUUUGAUGCUCAACAGAAUCUUAUGCGUGAUGUUGUUAAAACUCCAGACGAAGUGGCAGAUUUGCCAGUUCACGAAGAAGCUGAUUUAGGUGUUUACGAAAAAGAAGCACAAGAGAGUGGUAAAUCAAUUUCACAAAAGGAGGAAUUGGCUAAAGAAGAAAAAGAAACUGAAGAAAAAGAAAUUGAACAGCCAACAGAAGAACUGCCAAAAGAAAUAUCUGAAAAGGAAAAAACUCCAUCACCAACAGAAAAAAUUGCAUCACCUGUUGAAAAGUUACCAACACCUACUGAAAAGCCUGCAUCUCCUGUUAAAGAAGAUGUAGUUGAAGGAAGAGCUGAAGAAGCAUUGGUAGAGAAACCUACUUCUCCAAUUGUUGCACUUCCUGCAGAAGAAAAGAAGGAAAUUACUGAAAAACCAUUGGAAGCCACUAAGGUUUUAGAAACUCAAGAGAAGAAAAAAUCUAUAAGUUCACCAGAUGAAAAAGAAAUUAGCGAUAUAACCUCUGAAGAUGAAGUACCCGCUCAAAUGCCAACAACUAAAGCUCCUGAAAAACCACAAGAACAUGACGACACUGUCUCAGUAGACAGUCCUCCAACUAUAGAGGAGGCUAUAGAGGUAGAAAUUCAAAAAUCACUACAAGCCAGCCGCAAAGCUUCAGCUGAACCCAAAGAAGCCGAAGAGAGAAGAAAAUCUACCAUUUCCGUUACCGAAAGCAAAAAAGAUGAAAAAUCUCCAAUUGAAUCUAAGGAGCCAUCACGCCAAGCUUCAGUUACUGAGAGUGAAAAAGGAAUUAAAGAAGAAAAAUCACCUGUUGAAUCUAAAGAGUCUUCACGACCAGUUUCUGCUGCAAGCAGUGAAAAAGAUAAGAAACUUUCGGAAGAACUUGAAGAAGCUUCACGUAAAACAUCAAUUGCAGAAAGCAAGAAGGAUGAAAAAUCACCUGCUGAAUCUAAAGAACCUUCCCGUCCAGUAUCUGUUGCUGAAAGUGAAAAGGAUAAAAAAUCCGCUGAGGUAUCUAAGGAUGUUUCGCGAAAGGCAUCCAUUGCCGAAAGCAAAAAAGACGAAAAAUCACCUGCUGAAUCUAAAGAACCUUCACGUCCUGUUUCUGUCGCCGAAAGUGAAAAAGAUAAGAAAUCUCCAGAAGAGUCUAAAGAUGUUUCACGAAAACCAUCAACUGCAGAAAGCAAGAAAGAUGAAACAGCACCAGCAGAAUCUAAAGAACCUUCACAACCAGAAUCUGUAGCCGUUAGCGAAAAGGAUAAAACAUCUCCAAUGGAAUCGAAAGAACCAUCACGUAAGCCAUCAAUUGCUGAAAGCAAAGAAGAUGAAAAGUUAUCAUCCAAGGAACCUUCACGACCAGUAUCGGUGGCUGAAAGUGAAACAGAUAAGAAGUCGAUAGAAGAAACAGGAACUGAAAUUAAAAUGGAUACAGAGAUUUCUAAACCAGUAUCAAUUCCUACAAGCGAAAAGGACAAAGAAUCACCCGUGGAAUCAAAAGAACCAUCACGUAAGCUAUCAAUUGCAGACAAGAAAUCUCUUGAAGAAUUAGAAUUAUCUCGCAAGACAUCAGUUGCAGAAAGCGAAAAAAUAGAAAAAUCUCCAGCCGAAUCAAAAGAAAUUUCUCAGCCAGAAUCUGUAGCCGAGACUGAGAAAGAAAAAGUAACGCCUCAAGAGUCCAAAGAACCAUCCCGCAAGUCUUCAAUUGCAGAAACUAAGGUAGAAGACAAAUCACUUGCGGAAUCUAAAGAACCCUCACGACCAAGCUCCGUCACUGAAAGCGAAAUUGAUAAGAAAUCAGUUGAGGAAGUAGAUGUUUCACGCAAAGCAUCUGUGGCAGAAAGCAAGAAAGACGAUAAAUCCCCAGAAGAAUCAAAAGCAGUUUCUCGACCAACAUCUGUAGCUGUAAGCGAAAAAGAUAAAACAUCGCCCGCCGAAUCUAAAGAACCCUCACGACCCGUAUCUGUAGCCGAAAGUGAAGCUGAAAAGAAAUCAAUUGAAGAACUGGAAACCUCUCGUAAACCAUCAAUUGUUGACAGCAAAAAAGAUGAAAAAUCUCCAGUAGAAUCUAAAGAACCAUCACUACCAUCGCCAGUGGAAUCUAAAGAACCCUCUCGACCUGUAUCAGUUGCCGAAAGUGAAGCUGAAAAGAAAUCAAUUGAAGAACUGGAAACUUCCCGUAAACCAUCAAUUGUUGAAAGCAAAAAAGAUGAAAAAUCACCAGUUGAAUCUAAAGAAAUUUCACUACCAGUAUCUGUUGCUGCUAGCGAAAAAGAUAAAACAUCGCCUAUGGAAUCUAAAGAACCCUCUCGACCAGUAUCAGUUGCUGAAAGUGAAGCUGAGAAGAAGUCAAUUGAAGAACUGGAAACUACACGUAAACCAUCAAUUGCUGAAAGCAAAAAAGAUGAAAAAUCACCAGCUGAAUCCAAAGAACCUUCACUACCAGUAUCUGUUGCUGCUAGCGAAAAAGAUAAAACAUCGCCUGUAGAAUCGAAAGAACCCUCAAGACCAGUAUCAGUUGCCGAAAGUGAAGCUGAGAAGAAAUUAAUUGAAGAAGUGGAAACUUCACGUACACCAUCAAUUGCUGAAAGCAAAAAAGAUGAAAAAUCACCAGCUGAAUCCAAAGAACCUUCACUACCAGUAUCUGUUGCUGCUAGCGAAAAAGAUAAAACAUCACCUGUAGAAUCGAAAGAACCCUCUCGACCAGUAUCAGUUGCCGAAAGUGAAGCUGAGAAGAAAUCAAUUGAAGAACUGGAAAUUUCCCGUAAACCAUCAAUUGUUGAAAGCAAAAAAGACGAAAAAUCACCAGUUGAAUCCAAACAACCGUCUGUUGAUGCUAGCGAAAAAGAUAAAACAUCGCCUGUAGAAUCGAAAGAACCCUCAAGACCAGUAUCAGUUGCAGAAAGUGAAGCUGAGAAGAAAUCAAUUGAAGAACUGGAAACUUCACGUACACCAUCAAUUGCUGAAAGCAAAAAAGAUGAAAAAUCACCAGUUGAAUCUAAAGAACCUUCACUACCAGUAUCUGUUGCUGCUAGCGAAAAAGAUAAAACAUCGCCUGUAGAAUCGAAAGAACCCUCAAGACCAGUAUCAGUUGCAGAAAGUGAAGCUGAGAAGAAAUCAAUUGAAGAACUGGAAACUUCACGUACACCAUCAAUUGCUGAAAGCAAAAAAGAUGAAAAAUCACCAGUUGAAUCUAAAGAACCUUCACUACCAGUAUCUGUUGCUGCUAGCGAAAAAGAUAAAACAUCGCCUGUAGAAUCGAAAGAACCCUCACGACCUAUAUCAGUUGCCGAAAGUAAAGCUGAGAAGAAAUCAAUCGAAGAACUGGAAACUUCCCGUAAACCAUCAAUUGUUGAAAGCAAAAAAGAUGAAAAAUCACCAGUUGAAUCCAAAGAACCUUCUCUUCCAGAAUCUGUUGCUGCUAGCGAAAAAGAUAAAACAUCGCCUGUAGAAUCGAAAGAACCCUCAAGACCAGUAUCAGUUUCCGAAAGUGAAGCUGAGAAGAAAUCAAUUGAAGAACUGGAAACUUCACGUAAGUCAUCAAUUGCUGAAAGCAAAAAAGAUGAAAAAUCACCAGUUGAAUCUAAAGAACCUUCACUACCAGUAUCUGUUGCUGCUAGCGAAAAAGAUAAAACAUCGCCUGUGGAAUCUAAAGAACCUUCACGACCAGUAUCUGUUACCGCAAGUGAAAUGGGUAAGAAAUCUGAGGAAGCUUCCGAAGAUGUGUCACGAAAAUCAUCCAUUGCCGAAAGCAAGAUAGAUGAAAAAUCUCCUGUUGAAUCCAAGGAACCUUCCCGACCAGUAUCUGUAGCUGAAAGUGAAGCAGACAAAAAAUCCGCUGAAGACUCUAAGGAUGUAUCAAGAAAGGCAUCAAUCGCUGAAAGCAAGAAAGACGAAAAAUCUCCCGUAGAGUCAAAAGAACCCUCACGACCAGUAUCUGUUGCCGAAAGUGAAAAGGAUAAAAAAUAUAAAGAAGCUUCCGAGGAUGAGUCACGCAAAGCAUCUAUUGUCGAAAGCAAAAAAGAUGAAAAAUCUCCUGUUGAAUCCAAGGAAUCUUCCCGACCAGUAUCUGUUGCUGAAAGUGAAGCCGACAAAAAAUCCCUUGAAGAUUCUAAAGAUGAAUCACGAAAGGAAUCAAUUGCAGAAAGCAAGAAAGACGAAAAAUCUCCUGCAGAGUCUAAAGAACCCUCACGACCAGUAUCCGUUGCCGAAACUGAAAAGGAUAAGGAAUCUAAGGAUGCUUCUGAAGAUGUGUCACGAAAAUCAUCCAUUGCCGAAAGCAAGAAAGAUGAAAAAUCUCCUGUUGAAUCCAAGGAACCUUCCCGACCAGUUUCUGUCGCUGAAAGUGAAGCAGACAAAAAAUCCGUUGAAGGGUCUAAAGAUGUAUCAAGAAAGGAAUCAAUUGCAGAAAGCAAGAAAGACGAAAAAUCUCCUGAAGAAUCUAAAGAACCAUCACGACCAGAAUCUGUUGUUGAAAGUGAAAAAGAUAAGAAGCCUGAGGUAGAUUCCGAGGAUGUUUCACGAAAGGCAUCCAUUGCUGAAAGCAAGAAAGAAGAAAAAUCGCCUGUAGAGUCUAAAGAACCCUCACGACCGGUAUCUGUUGCCGAGAGUGAAAAGGAUAAGAAAUCUGAGGUAGCUUCCGAGGAGGUUUCAAGAAAAGCAUCCAUUGCUGAAAGCAAGAAAGAUGAAAAAUCUCCUGAAGAAUCUAAAGAACCUUCCCGACCAAUUUCUGUAGCUGAAAGUGAAGCAGAAAAAAUAUCUACUGAAGACUCUAAAGAUGUAUCACGAAAGGCAUCCAUUGCUGAAAGCAAGAAAGAAGAAAAAUCUCCUGUAGAGUCUAAAGAACCCUCACGACCGGUAUCUGUUGCCGAGAGUGAAAAGGAUAAGAAAUCUGAGGUAGCUUCCGAGGAGGUUUCAAGAAAAGCAUCCAUUGCUGAAAGCAAGAAAGAUGAAAAAUCUCCUGAAGAAUCUAAAGAACCUUCCCGACCAAUUUCUGUAGCUGAAAGUGAAGCAGAAAAAAAAUCUGCUGAAGACUCUAAAGAUGUAUCACGAAAGGAAUCAAUCGCUGAAAGCAUGAAAGAUGAAAAAUCUCCUGUAGAGUCUAAGGAACCCUCACGACCGGUAUCUGUUGCCGAGAGUGAAACGGAUAAGAAAUCUGAGGUAGCUUCCGAGGAGGUUUCAAGAAAAGCAUCCAUUGCUGAAAGCAAGAAAGAUGAAAAAUCUCCUGAAGAGUCUAAAGAACCUUCCCGACCAAUUUCUGUAGCUGAAAGUGAAGCAGAAAAAAUAUCUGCUGAAGACUCUAAAGAUGUAUCACGAAAGGAAUCAAUCGCUGAAAGCAAGAAAGAUGAAAAAUCUCCUGUAGAGUCUAAGGAACCCUCACGACCAGUAUCUGUUGCCGAAAGUGAAAAAGAUAAGAAAUCUGAGGAAGCUUCCGAUGAUGUUUCACGAAAAGCAUCCAUUGCUGAAAGCAAGAAAGACGCAAAAUCUCCUGUAGAAUCUAAGGAACCUUCCCCACCAGUUUCAGUAGCUGAAAGUGAAGCAGGCAAAAAAUCCGCUGAAGACUCUAAAGAUGUAUCAAGAAAGGAUUCAAUCGCUGAAAGCAUGAAAGACGAAAAAUCUCCUGUAGAGUCUAAGGAACCCUCACGACCGGUAUCUGUUGCCGAAAGUGAAAAAGACAUGAAAUCUAAAGAAGCUUCCGAGGAGGUUUCACGAAAAGCAUCCAUUGCUGAAAGCAAGAAAGAUGAAAAAUCUCCCCUGGAAUCGAAGGAACCUUCCCGACCAGUUUCUGUUGCUGAAAGUGAAGCAGAGAAAAAAUCUGCUGAAGACUCUAAAGAUGUAUCACGAAAGGAAUCAAUCGCUGAAAGCAAGAAAGAUGAAAAAUCUCCUGUAGAGUCUAAGGAACCCUCACGACCGGUAUCUGUUGCCGAAAGUGAAAAAGAUAAGAAAUCUGAGGAAUCUUCCGAUGAUGUUUCACGAAAAGCAUCCAUUGCUGAAAGCAGGAAAGAUGAUAGAUCUCCUGUAGAAUCUAAGGAACCUUCCCGACCAGUUUCUGUUGCUGAAAGUGAAGCUGACAAAAAAUCAGUAGAAGAGAAAGAUGUAUCGAAGAAAUCAAUUGAAGAACUGGAAACUUCCCGUAAACCAUCAAUGGUUGAAAGCAAAAAAGAUGAAAAAUCACCAGUAGAAUCCAAAGAACCUUCACUUCCAGAAUCUGUUGCUGUCAGUGAAAAAGAUAAAACGUCGCCUGUGGAAUCUAAAGAACCCUCACGACCGGUAUCUGUUGCUGAAAGUGAAGCUGAGAAGAAAUCAAUUGAAGAACUGGAAACUUCCCGUAAACCAUCAAUUGUUGAAAGUAAAAAAGAUGAAAAAUCACCAGAACCUUCAUUACCAGUAUCUGUUGUUGCUAGUGAAAAAGACAAAACAUCGCCUGUGGAAUCUAAAGAACCCUCACGACCUGUAUCAGUUGCCGAAAGUGAAGCUGAGAAGAAAUCAAUUGAAGAACUGGAAAUCUCCCGCAAACCAUCAAUUGUUGAAAGCAGAAAAGAUGAAAAAUCACCAGUUGAAUCUGAAAAAAUUUCACUACCAGCAUCUGUUGCUGCUAGCGAAAAAGAUAAAACAUCGCCCGCCGAAUCUAAGGAACCCUCACGACCUGUAUCUGUUGCAGAAAGUGAUGUUGGGAAGAAAUCAAUUGAAGAACUGGAAACUUCCCGUAAACCAUCAAUUGUUGAAAGCAAGAAAGAUGAAAAAUCACCAUUUGAAUCCAAAGAACCUUCUCUUCCAGAACCUGUUGCUGCUAGCGAAAAAGAUAAAACAUCACCUGUGGAAUCGAAAGAACCCUCAAGGCCAGUAUCAGUUGCCGAAAGUGAAGCUGAGAAGAAAUCAAUUGAAGAACUGGAAACUUCCCGUAAACCAUCAAUUGUUGAGAGCAAAAAAGAUGAAAAAUCACCAGUUGAAUCCAAAGAACCUUCACUUCCAGGAUCUGUUCCUGUCAGCGAAAAAGAUAAAACAUCACCUGUGGAAUCGAAAGAACCCUCUCGGCCAGUAUCAGUUGCAGAAAGUGAAGCUGAGAAGAAAUCAAUUGAUGAACUGGAAACUUCACGUAAACCAUCAAUUGUUGAAAGCAAAAAAGAUGAAAAAUCACCACUUGAAUCCAAAGAACCUUCUCUUCCAGAAUCUGUUGCUUCUAGCGAAAAAGAUAAAACAUCGCCGGUAGAAUCGAAAGAACCCUCAAGACCAGUAUCAGUUGCCGAAAGUGAAGCUGAGAAGAAAUCAAUUGAAGAACUGGAAACUUCCCGUAAACCAUCAAUUAUUGAAAGCAAAAAAGAUGAAAAAUCACCAGUAGAAUCCAAAGAACCUUCACUUCCAGAAUCUGUUGGUGCAAGUGAAAAAGAUAAAACAUCGCCUGUAGAAUCUAAAGAUCCCACAAGACCAGUAUCUGUUGCUGAAAGUGAAACAGAUAAGAAAUCUGAGGAAGUUUCUGCUGAUGUUUCACGAAAACCAUCCAUUGCCGAAAGCAAGAAAGACGAAAAAUCUCCUGAAGAAUCUAAGGAACCCUCGCGACCAGUUUCUGUUGCUGAAAGUGAAGCAGACAAAAAUUACGUUGAAGAAUCUAAAGAUAUAUCAAGAAAGGAAUCAAUUGCAGAAAGCAAAAAAGACGAAAAAUCUGCUGAAGAAUCUAAAGAACCUUCGCGGCCAGUAUCAGUCGCGGAAGGUGAAGUAGACAAAAAAUCUGUUGAAGAUUCUAAAGACGCAUCGCGAAAGGACUCAAUUGCAGAAAGCAAGAAAGAUGAAAAAUCUCCUGUAGAGUCUAAGGAACCCUCACGACCGGUAUCUGUUGCCGAAAGUGAAAAGGAUAAGAAAUCUGAAGAAGCUUCCGAGGAAGUUUCACGAAAAGCAUCCAUUGCUGAAAGCAAGAAAGAUGAAAAAUCUCCUGUAGAAGAAUCUAAGGAACCUUCCCGACCAGUUUCUGUCGCUGAAAGUGAAGCAGAGAAAAAAUCUGCUGAAGCCUCUAAAGAUGUAUCACGAAAGGAAUCAAUCGCUGAAAGCAAAAAAGAUGAAAAAUCUCCUGUAGAGUCUAAGGAACCCUCGCGAUCAGUAUCUGUUGCCGAAGGUGAAAAGGAUAUGAAAUCUGAGGAAGGUUUCGAGGAUGUUUCACGAAAAGCAUCCAUUGCUGAAAGCAAGAAAGACGAAAAAUCUCCAGCAGAAUCAAAGGAACCUUCUCGAACACUUUCUGUCGCUGAAAGUGAAGCUGGCAAAGAAUCUGUUGAAGAGCCUAAAGAUGUAUCAAGAAAGGAAUCAAUUGCAGAAAGCAAGAAAGACGAAAAAUCUCCUGAAGAAUCCAGAGAACCUUCGCGGCCAGUAUCAGUCGCGGAAAGUGAAGUAGACAAAAAAUCUAUUGAAGAUUCUAAAGAUGCAGGACGAAAGGAAUCAAUUCCAGAAAGCAAGAAAGAUGAAAAGUCCCCUGUUGAAUCCAAGGAACCCUCCCGACCAGUUUCUGCCGCUGAAAGUGAUGCAGACAAAAAAUCCGUUGAAGAUUCUAAAGAUGUAUCACGAAAGGAAUCAAUUGCCGAAAGCAAGAAAGACGAAAAAUCUCCUGGAGAUUCUAAGGAACCCUCACGACCAGUAUCAGUCGCGGAAAGUGAAGUAGAUAAAAAAUCUGUUGAAGAUUCUAAAGAUGUAUCACGAAAGGCAUCAAUUGCAGAAAGCAAGAAAGACGAAAAAUCUCCUGCAGAAUCCAAGGAACCUUCGCGACCAGUAUCUGUCGCCGAAAGUGAAAAGGAUAAGAAAUCUGGGGAAGCUUCCGAUGAUGUUUCACGAAAGGCAUCAAUUGCAGAAAGCAAGAAAGACGAAAAAUCUCCUGCAGAAUCCAAGGAACCUUCGCGACCAGUAUCUGUCGCCGAAAGUGAAAAGGAUAAGAAAUCUGAGGAAGCUUCCGAUGAUGUUUCACGAAAGGCAUCCAUUGCUGAAAGCAAGAAAGACGAAAAAUCUCCUGCAGAAUCUAAAGAACCUUCCCGGCCAGUUUCAGUCGCUGAAAGUGAAGCAGGCAAAAAAUCCGCUGAAGAGUCUAAAGAUAUAUCACGAAAGGAAUCAAUCGCAGAGAGCAAGAAAGACGAAAAAUCACCAGUUGAAUCUAAAGAAGCUGCUGUAGUAUCUGUUGAUGACAAAAGGGAUGAUUCUAAAGAACCUUCACCAACUGAGUCAAAAGAAGUGUCUCGUCCUGUUUCAGCUACUGGAAGUUUCGAAGACUCAGAACAACAAUCAGUUAUUGAAGCUAAACAAGAUGAUGUUACAAAAUCUCCAGUUACUGCUAAAGAAGCAGUGAAAGAAACUGUCCAAGAAGAUUCCGUUGCAGCCAAAAAAUCUCCAUCUGCUGAAGCGAUUUCACGGCCAACAUCAAUAGCUGAAUCCAUAAUUUCCGAGCAAAUUUCACCCUCCCAAUUUGAAACUGUUUCCUCACCAGUAGAUGAAGCCCCUAAAGAGCCUGAAGAAGACCUUAAAGCCAAAAAAGAGCAAUUUACUAUUGAACUAAAAGAUACCGCAACAACUGGAAAAUUACCAACAACAUCCAGCCCAGUAGAUGUUGCUGAAGGAGAUUUUCCUGUAGAAGCUAAACAGAAGGUUGAAGAUUUGCCACAGGAAACAAAGUUUGCUGUAACCGAUACAGUUUCUACUCCAAUUGAUGAAGCAAGCGAACUUGAAAAAGACGUAGCCAUAGCCGAAACUACUUCUUCUAAACCUUCUGUGACUGCUAGCCCUAAAGAUGAAGAUAUUACUAAAUCUAAAGAAUCAUCACGUCCAGAAUCAGCAGCAGCAAGUGCUAAAGAUGAGCCUAUUGGUGUUACCGAUGAAGAUAAAAAAUCGCCUUCACCUAAAGAAACGCUAGACAUGGAUAAAGUUUCACCCUCUCAAAUCGAAACUGUUUCUUCACCAGUAGAUGAAGCUGCUAAAGAUUUGACGGAAGAUAUUAAAACCAAGAAGGAGCAAUUCACUAUUGAACUAAAGGAUACAGCCGAAACUGGUAAGCUACCAACAUCAUCAAGUCCUGUUGAUGUUGCCGAAGGUGAUUUCCCAGAAAAACCCAAAGAACAAAUACACGAUUUAAAAGAAGAAACUAAGUUUGCCGUAACCGAUACUGUUUCUACUCCUAUUGAUGAGGCCCCAGAGCUAGCUGAAGAAGCAGGAAGUGCUAAAGAUGAAGCUGAAUCUAAGGCAACUUCACGUAAAUCUUCAAAGGAAGAGGUCACAACAAAGUCUAAGGAAACUUCUCCCACUGAGUCUAAAGAUGAUGACAAGAAAUCUCCAUCCUUCCCUAAAGAUCUGCCUAUUGCUAAAUCUGCUGACACAUGCAAAGUUUCACCCUCACAAAUUGAAACUGUAUCCUCCCCAGUAGACGAGGCUGCUAAAGAAUUAAUAGAAGAUGUAAAAGACAAAAAAGAACACUUUACAAUUGAUAUCAAAGCCACAACAGAGGCAGGACAACUACCUACAACAUCCAGUCCUGUCGAUGUUGCAGAUGGUGAUUUCCCACAAGCAAUUAAACCACAAGUACAAGAUUUGCAACAAGCUACUCAGUUUGCCGUUACUGAAACUAUUUCUACACCAAUUGAUGAAGCCCCAGAACUUGAGGAGGUACUUGAAAAGGAAUUUGUUCAAGUUGAAGCCAAAUUAACCGAACAAGAUUCCAAAACCGAGGCUAAACAAGAAGUCAAAGAAACUAUUACAGAAAAAGUUGAAGAAGCUAAAACUGAAUCCAAGGGUAUAUUCGGUACAAUUACCGGGUUCGUAAAAGACGUCAAGGAUAUUUUCGCCAAAGAAACUGAAACAGUUGUCGAACAAGUCUCCGAACAAAUCGAUGAAGUCAAACAAUCUGUUGAUAAACUUGUAACAGAUGUUAAGGAAUCAACUGAUGAAAUUGCCAAAACUGUAACUGAAACUGGUAAAACAGUUAUCGACGACAUCAAAGAAACAACUGAAGACAGUCAUAAGUUUUCUUCAGUUACUGAUGAUCAACUUGAUGAAUCAACUGAAAUUGAAAAACUUAAAGAUUCAUCCCAUACUUUAAUUGAUUUUUCACAUAAACUCGAAGAACUAAAAGAGUCUGCAGCUGGUUUAGUAACAGAAGAAGUAGAAACAGCGCACACCUUCCCAGAAACUACUAUAAAAUCUACAGUAUCCGAUGAAAAAGACAUUAAAGAUUCCGUAAAGGACAAGAUUGAAGAAACUGCCACUGAUAUUCAAACUUCUGUAGACUUUUCACAAAAACUUGAAGAACUAAGAGAGUCUACAGCUAGUUUAGUUACAGGCGUAGUGGAAACUACACACACCUUCCCAGAAACAACUAUUAAAUCUACAAUAUCCGAUGUAAAAGAAAUUAAAGAUUCCGUAAAGGAGAAAAUUGAAGAAACAGCUUCCGAUGUCCAAACUUCUGUAGAGACUACUGUCCAAAAAGCCACCGACACAGUCGAGGAGAUUAAAAAAGAUGUCACCGAAACUGUUAGCGAUAAAGUAACUGAACUCAAGGAAGAAAAAGACAAACUCGUUAGCACCGUUGAAGCUGAAAGCAAGGCUGCAUUGAAAACUACAACUGAUACUUUAGCUGAAAUCAAGGAAACCACUGUAGAUAUGGUGAAAGACGUAAAGGAAUCGAUUACAAAACAAACUGACGAAAUUACUAAAGAUGCUAGCACAACUGUAGAGGAUGUUAAAACAGCUGGUCAGGCAUUGAUUAAAGACCUACAAGAAGAAGUUUCAACUACUCUAACAGCUAUUACUAAAGAUAUUGCAAAAUUGGUAGAUACUAGUGUCAAAGCUGCUACUGAGGAGGAGCAAAAGGAGGAAGUUGUUGAAGAAAUUAUCACAAAGACUGUAACAUCUUUAACCAAGGAAACCCCCAUUAAAGCUGAAGAAGAUACUGUUGGCUUUACUUCAGAACUAAGAGAAACUCAUAUUACAACAAUGGAUUCACCUGAAUUGAAAAUUACAAUUACCGAACGUGAUGAAGCUGCCGUCUUGCAUGAUAUUAAGGAAGAAGAAGAAGAACAUCAACGUAUCUCACCUCCAACAGAAGUGGGUCAAAUUUUAGCUGAACCUUUGCCCAUCAGACCGGUAUCGCCCAGAGAAGAAGAAGUCUUUAAAAUUGUGGCUGAUGUUGCAAAAGUUUUGAAAUCCGAAAAAGACAUUACAGAAAUUAUACCCGACUUUGAUGAAAAGCAACUAGAAGAAAAACUCAAAUCUUCAGAUGAGCUGGAAGCCGAAUCGGCAACUGUACAAAGAAUGUUAGUUACUGCCAGUAGUGAAGAUGGUGGUGAGGAAAUUGAAAUUUGUCCCAAAGGCUCUAUACAAUUUACCCCAGCCCCCAUUGCAGAAGGCGUUUCCGAAAAAGAAAAGCCCGUCUUAGACAAGGUACCCGCCACAGAAGUUGAAUCAGAAAAAUCAUCACCCGAUCUUAAAUCUUCAGGCCCAGUUUCAAUCGAAGAGAAAGAUAAGAUAGAAAUCUCGGAAAAAAUGCAGCUAAAAGAACUCAGAGGCAGGGAUAUUGCUGCAGAUGAGUCCACCUCUAGCAUGGACCUUGAAUGGAGAAGAGAAUCAGCCAUCAGCACAUAUAGCGAAAAGGAUUUGACAAGGGAUGAAGAUACAUAUGAUGAUAAACAAGAUUUUCCAUCUAGUCCAUUGGAAGACAAAGAAAAAACCGAAACAAAAGAUACUGAAGCUAAAGCAGCCACUGAAUUAUCUCGCCCCCAAUCGGUAACUAGCCAAGGAAGUGCAAAGGAAGAUGCUAAAGACACAGAAUCGCGACGUGAAUCUGUACUUUCUACAGCCGAAUCUAAGAAAGAUGAUAAAUCACCCGCUGCAGAACAAAAAGAGAUUUCUCGACCCGAAUCUACAGUUUCUUCCAAGGAUGAUGAAAAAUCCGUAGAAAAAGAUGUUGAAUCACGUAAAGAAUCAGUGACCAGUCAAAUUAGUUCCAAGACUGAAGCAGAAAAAGAAGCAUCUCGUCCAGAAUCAGUAGCCAGCCACGUCAGCACUAUGGCUGAAGAUGAAAAAGAACCAUCACGAAAAGAAUCCUUAGUAUCAACUACAGAAGAAAAACCAGAAUCAAGACGCGAGUCUAUCUUAUCGGUAGCUGAAAGCAAAAAGGGUGAAAAAUCUCCAGUGACAGAAGAAAAAGAAGCUUCACGCCCUGAAUCUGUAGCCAGCCAUGUCAGCACUAAGGCUGAAUCAAUUGCAGAAGAAAAACCAGAAUCAAGACGCGAGUCUAUCUUAUCGGUAGCUGAAAGCAAAAAGGAUGUUAAAUCUCCAGUGACAGAAGAAAAACAAGCUUCACGUCCAGAGUCUGGGGCCAGCUCCAGGGGUGAGGUUGAAAAAGAACCAUCACGCAAAGAAUCCUUAGUUUCAACUACAGAAGAAAAACCAGAAUCUAGACGUGAGUCUAUCUUGUCGGUAGCUGAAAGCAAAAAAGAUGACAAAUCUCCUGUGACUGAAGAAAAAGAAACUUCACGCCCUGAAUCUGUAGCCAGCCAUGUCAGCACUAAGGCUGAAUCAAUUGCAGAAGAAAAACCAGAAUCAAGACGCGAGUCUGUCUUAUCGUUAGCUGAAAGCAAAAAGGAUGAUAAAUCUCCAGUGACAGAAGAAAAAGAAGCUUCACGACCAGAGUCUGGGGCCAGCUCCAAGGGUGAGGUUGAAAAAGAACCAUCACGCAAAGAAUCCAUAGUUUCAACUACAGAAGAAAAACAAGAAUCUAGACGUGAGUCUAUCUUGUCGGUAGCUGAAAGCAAAAAAGAUGACAAAUCUCCUGUGACUGAAGAAAAAGAAGCUUCACGUCCAGAGUCUAAAGCCAGCUCCAAGAGUGACGCUGAAAAAGAACCAUCACGCAAAGAAUCCUUAGUUUCAACUACUGAAGAAAAACCAGAAUCUAGACGCGAGUCUAUCUUGUCGGUAACUGAAAGCAAAAAAGAUGUUAAAUCUCCUGUGACCGAAGAAAAAGAACUUUCACGUCCAGAGUCCGGGGCUAGCACCAAGGGUGAGGCUGAAAAAGAGCCAUCACGUAAAGAAUCCUUAGUUUCAACUACCGAAGAAAAACCAGAAUCUAGACGCGAGUCCGUCUUAUCGGUUGCUGAAAGCAAAAAGGAUGACAAAUCUCCAGUGACAGAAGAAAAGGAACCUUCACGUCCGGAGUCUAAGGCCAGCUCCAAGGGUGAGGCUGAAAAAGAACUAUCACGUAAAGAAUCCAUAGCUUCAACUACAGAAGAAAAACCAGAAUCUAGACGCGAGUCUGUCUUAUCGGUAGCUGAAAGCAAAAAGGAUGACAAAUCUCCAGUAAUAGAAGAAAAGGAACUAUCAAGGCCAGAAUCUGCCUCUUCAAAGAGUGAUGCAGAAAAAGAAGCAUCUAGAAAAGUAUCAUUAAUUUCAACUGCAGAAGAAAAGACAGAAUCUAGACGUGAGUCUGUUGUAUCAACAGUUGAAAGUAAAAAGGAUGUUUCUGAAGAAAAGGAAACUUCACGACCAGAAUCCGUAACCAGCCAUGUCAGUUCCAAGACUGAUGCUGAAAAAGAACCCUCACGAAAGGAAUCUUUAAUAUCAGUUGCUGAAGAAAAGAUUGAAUCUAGACGUGAAUCAGUUUUAUCAACAACAAAUGAAAGUAAAAAGGAUGAAAAAUCAUCUGUAUCAGAAGAAAAGGAACCCUCACGCCCAGAGUCUGUUGUUAGCACUAAGAGUGAAGCUGAAAAAGAACCAUCACGUAAAGAAUCACUAAUUUCAAGCACAGAAGAAAAAGAAAUGAAAAAAGAAGAUAAAUCUCCUGCCAUCGAAGAAAAGGAACCUUCACGCCCAGAGUCUGAGGCCAGCUCAAAGGACUUGGCUGAAAAGGAACCAUCUCGUAAAGAAUCUGUAGUCUCUACAGCAGAAGAAAAAGUUGAACCAAGACGAGAAUCUGUCCUAUCAACAGCUGAGAGUAAGAAGGACGAAUCAUCUCGCCCUGAAUCUGUAGCAAGUCAUGUCAGUUCAAAGGGUGAAGUGGAAAAGGAACCAUCAAGCAAAGAAUCUUUAGUUUCAACCACAGAAGAAAAACCCGAAACUAGACGAGAAUCUAUCUUAUCGGUAGCUGAUAGCAAGAAAGAUGAAAAAUCUCCAGUAACUGAAGAAAAGGAACUUUCACGUCCAGAAUCUGUAGUCAGCUCCAAGGCUGAUGCAGAAAAAGUUGAAUCAAGGCGCGAAUCCGUUUUAUCAACUGCCGAAAGUAAAAAGGACGAACAAGCUUCAGUGACUGAUGAAAAGGAAACUUCUCGGCCAGAAUCCGUAGCCAGCCAUGUUAGCUCUAAGGUUGAAGCGGAGAAAGAACCAUUGCGCAAAGAGUCUCUAAUUUCAACCACUGAGGAUAAACCAGAAUCUAGACGCGAAUCUGUUUUAUCAACCGCCGAUAGUAAAAAAGAUGACAAAUCUUCCGCCUCCGAAGAAAAGGAAGCUUCUCGUCCUGAAUCUGUUGCUAGUCAUGUCAGCUCAAAGGGCGAAGCUGAAAAGGAAACAUCACGUAAAGAGUCUUUGAUUUCUGUCACUGAAGAACAAGUAGAAACUAAACUAGAAUCAACAUUAACAGCUGUUGUAAGCAAGAAAGAAGAAUCCUUAAUUUCAGAUGUAAUCGAAACAACCGAAACCAAGAAAGAUGAAGAAAAAUCUGUCUCUCGUCCUGCCUCAGUUGCUAGUCAUGUUAGUUCAGAAUCUAAGAAAGAGGAGGACAAAUCAAGUGAAGACAAGGAUGCAUCACGUCCCAUUUCUGUUGCGAGUCACACAAGUCUAAAGAGCGACAGUGAGAAAUAUGAACAAGAAGCUACAGAAAAGGAGCAACAAACAUCUUUUGCCUCCAGAAAAGAGUCAGUAGUAUCUAAUGCUGAUGAUAAAUUGGAGUCUAAACGUGAAUCCAUUGUGUCCACCACCGAAAGUAAAAAAGAUGAAACUAAAGAAACAUCCCGCCCUGAAUCUGUUGUCAGCAGUACUGACAAACAAGAAGUCAGAAAAGAAUCUCUGAUAUCAAGUACCCAAGCUGAUCAGGAAUCUAGACGUGAGUCCAUAAUGUCCUCAGCCGAAAGCAAAAAAGAUGACAAAUCACCACUUAUCGAAACUCAACAAUUAUCACGGGCCGAAUCUGAGGCCAGCCAUAUUAGUUCUAAGAGUGAAGCUGGUGAAAUGAAAACUAUUGCAAGUAAAACCGAAGAAACUGUAACUUCCAGUGUCAGCAAGGAUUCGGCUGCACAAAUUGAAACCAUAAAAGAAUCAACUUCGGAAAAACAGGAAUCUAAAUCAGAAAGUAUAACAGCCUCCACCGAAAUCUCAAAGCAAUCUCAAAUAACAGUAUCAGAAGAUAAACAACAGUCAGUGGUUGAAAGUAAAAAGGACAUUACCUCAUCCAUAGCUAGCUUAGCCAGCUCUAAGGAUGAUAAACGGGAAAUUGUAACAACCAUAACAGAAACAAUUACCACACAAAUAGUAGAGAGUAAAAAGGAUGACAAAUCAUCCACCGCUAGCCAAGCUAUUUCUAAGGAUGAUAAACAGGAAACUGUAACAAAAACCACAGCAGAAGUAAUAACCAGUCAAGUGGUCGAAAGUGAAAAGGCCGAUAAAUCGGCCACACUUAAGGAUGACAAAAAGGAAAUAAUAACAGAACAAAUUACCACCCAAGUGUUGGAAACUAAGCAGGAUGACAAAUCAUCAGAGAUUAGCAAAGCCACAUCCAAGGAUGAUAAACAAGAAAUUGUAAAAACAACAACAGAAACAAUCAGCACCCAAGUUUCCAGCAAAUCAGAUGAGAAAUUCGCUAAACUUUCUGAAGAAAAACAAGACAGUCAAGUAAAGGUUACAGAAACCGUUAAGACUACAGUCGUUGAGAAACCUGUAGAAAUGAAAACCUUGACUGAAACAUCUACCACAGCUUCCACUACCAAACAAACCGCCCAGGAAUUAUUAGAUGCCACUACCAAAGAGAGCAAAACAAUUGUUACCGAAACAACACGUGUCAUAAGUUCUCAAUUGAUCGACUCUUUACAGGAAGAAGAUUCACGCAGUGAGUCGGUCAGUAGCAGUGUUAAAGUGGAAGAAGGUUCUCUACGUGAAUCAUUAUCCGAAAAGGAAAUAUCCCGUUCAACAGAAACAAAAGAGUCUAUCGAUAAAACCGAACUGCUAACACACGCCGAAGAUUCCCAGGCUUAUUCGGAAGAAUGUUCUUCGGAAUCUAUAGUCAGUGAAAUUCAAACAUCUGCCAUGAGCAAGGCCGAAAAGGCUGAAACCAGUAAAAUGUCUUCUACUUCGGAAACAUCAGUUAAAGAGAGUCUAAAACAAACUGUUGAAGAAUUCUUAGCAACUGAGAAAAUAAUUUCCACUAAGGAAAUCAUGAGUACAUUUGAUAGCAUUAGCAAAGCCAAGACUGCCUCCUCAGAAUCGCGCCGUGAGUCGACCCUUAGCCAGACUAGUGAGGGACGUCAGACUCACAGCGACCAAGAGGAUGAUGAUGAAGACGAUGAAGCCACCACUCAUAUUAAAGAGGGACGCUCAAAGUCAAUAGCCAGCAUAAUGACCACUAGCAUUUACAAACCAUCCAAAGAAGUUAAGGUUAGCGAGACUUUGGGAGAAGAACUAGAAGAGUUUGUCAGCAAAGAGAAGUCACAAAUUACCAAAGAAUCCAUGACUUUAGCUCAAUCAUAUGAACAUGAAUUAUCCGAUCGUAAAACACCUCCUACUGCCCCUGUUAGUCCUGGUAUUAUGAAAACCACCAUAAGUGCAGUGAGUGCAACCACAGCUGGAGCUGUAGCUACAGCUUCAGCUUCUGCCACAACAACCAGCACAACAAAAACCUUUAUAACAGAUACCACAAGCAGCACAACAACACAUAGUGGUCCUUUGUCGCCCAGAGAUAUCAGUGGUAAAUCCAGCCCCGGAGGUUUAACAUCAGAAAGCCAAUCUAUACCCACACCCAUGGGCAGAGAAUCAUUGACAGAGACCCCAGAAUCCUCACCCAAACCAACAUCACCUUUCCCACGGGUAACCAAAGAGGAUCUUAAAUCAGCUGCCAGUUAUACAGCAGAACAAGUAGAGAAAACUGCUGCUGCCUUCUCAACUAUCGAACAACAAGAAACUUCCAGCGUCAGCUCUUUGAUUAAACAACACUCUGGCGAAGUGUUGCCCGAAUUACAUGAAGUCAGGGGUAUAGAAAAAACUGCCGCCUUAAGUGGUAGCACAGAAAAGAUUAUCACCACCACCAUAACAACUGUUACGAAAGUAAUCUCCACCGAUGGCAAGGAAAUUGUGACUGAAGAAAAGACAAUCACCACCACAGACUCAACAGAUCCCGAAGGUGAAAAGGUAACAGUGACAACCACACGCACCACCAGCGAAAGCGAUAAAAGUGAUGUCAUGCUGCCUAAAGAAGUAGCCAUGUUACGUAGCAUGUACCGCUCCUCAACUCCUGGCAGUGAUGAUGGUGUGGCCUAUCUCAGUGACGACGAGGUACCAGCCUCACCCAGAAGUAUCACUUCUUCCCAUGGUGCCAGCUAUGAUUUGCAACGAUCGGGCUCAGGUGUUAGUAAGAAAUCCGACUUUGAUUUGGACGAAAGUCAAGAUGAUAUACCUCCACAAUAUGGCAGCGAGGAACUUUCAGCAGCCCGCUCCAUAACAACCACAGGUUUUGUACACAAAAUAGCUGAUCCCAUGAGCACUUCGUUCUAUGGAGCACUGCCAGAUACAUUUGAAACCAAAACCUCACAACCAAUCAAUAUACAAGGUACAACCACACAUCUACAAACCUUUACGGAAUCACCCAUAUCGCAGUCAUCCGGUUCGGUAGAAAGUACCACCACACUUCCACACAAAUUCUUAGAAGAGGCUGAUAUGGGCUUCGAACAGGCCCUUAAAGAACAUGUGCAAUUAAGAGGGGCCGACGUUAUGUCCUCGGUUACAGCUAAAUAUUCCUACUCACCAUCCAAAGCCGAAGAAGUCGAACAGACUGUAGCCAGUGCUGAGAAACCCAAAUUCCCCUUGGGAAGUGUACAAAAAUCACGUUUCACUGAGGGAGUUUGUGAGAAAGAAGGAGCCACUAUUGUUACCACUACAACCACCACUGUGACCACUACACAAGGCGAUGGCGCCAGUGCCAGCAGUAGAACCACAACGACUGAAACAUCAACCACUUCCUCAUCUGCUAGUGUAGAUGAUAAACUCAAAGAAUGGGGUAAGCCUUUGGGUCUACCCUCACCUGCACCUAUGGCUGCCGAAAGUGAUGUACGCACCACACCCAAGAAGGAGCGCAGACUGGUGGCCACCAAGACAAGACUUAAUAACGAAAAGAACUUACGCAAACGUUCCGAAUCGCCCAACAAAGCUAAGAAGCCCUCACCCGUCUAUGUUGAUCUAACAUAUGUACCUCACAAUGGCAACUCCUAUUACUCGCAUGUAGAAUUCUUCAAGAGAGUAAGAGCACGCUAUUAUGUUUUCUCAGGCACCGAGCCCAGCCGUCAAGUGUACGAUGCCUUACUGGAGGCAAAACAAACCUGGGAAGAUAAAGAAUUAGAGGUAACUAUCAUCCCUACCUACGACACUGACGUUUUAGGCUAUUGGGUAGCUGAAAAUGAAGAGCUUUUAGCCAAAUAUCGCAUUGACUUGUCACCCUCGGCCUCACGCUGCACCAUCAAUUUACAAGAUCACGAAACCUCUUGCUCGGCUUAUCGUUUAGAAUUCUAGGCCACGGGGAUGUUCGUAGCAUUUUCGGAUAAUUAAGUUUCCCUAUAUUUAAUUUUUAGACUACAGAGUAAUGAAACCAACAGAAACAAAAAACCAAAAAAGAAACCAGUUAAAUGAAUUUCAUAUAAUUUUUGACAAUUUAACAAUACUCAGCAGAUGAUAACAACAAGCUUUAAGCUUUUCGAAAAAGCUAAAGAUACACUUAACAAAAGCUUUAAAGCUUUGUUAAAACAUUAAAGCAAGGCUUAACAAAAAAAAAACACUUUAAACACACUCAAAAAAAGAGAACAACUUUAACACUUAACUACACUUAUACUCUUACACAAACAUACUCUUUGAAAAGGCUAGAAUAAAAGGAAAAGCUCUUGAGUUUAAAAACAAAUAUGGCGGAGUUUAUUGUGACUAAAGCUGGUCAAGCUAAGGUCAUUUUGUUAAUUCUCAAAACCGCUUAUUUGUUUUAGAAAACUUAUGCAGGAGUUUUAACUUAAAAAGAAAACUAUUAUUUUUUAUAAAAUAAAAUAAAAAAACAUAAUAUACGAAUUAAUAUAUAGAAGAAAAUCAAUGAUAAAUGUAAUGAUGAAAAAAGAACUAUUUUCAUGUAGUAAUUAGCAAAUAAAACAAGUAUUUGUUCUUCAAAAUCAUUUAAAUGUUAAAAAAAAAAAACAAAACCUAAUUAAAUACAUUUAAAUAUUAAACUAAAAACCAUCAAAAACAUAAUUAUAAUAAAAAAACUUGAAAACGAGCUAAGCAAAGAAGAAAAAAAACAUUAAUUUCAAAUAAACCAGGUGAAGACAUAUUGUAUUUAUUAGCAGACGAAGAAAAAAACCUAACCUCAAAAUAUUUAAUUAAAAACAAAUCAAAA